CCUCGAGACAGCUUGCAUCAGGCCUCAUCCGCAAUGCCUCCUUCAUUAUCUCGCAGCUCAAUGAGCUGUUUAUCACGAUGCCGAUGUCCAAACUCCUCAAUCGCUAUCCGAUCUUUCACCACCACACCAUCUCUCACUGCGAUUGGCCCCGAGAAUCCCAAGUUCAUCGAAGUGCCAAUCGCUCCUCAACCUCAAGCACAUCCCAAAAUCGACAUUAAGGGAACUCUACCUCCUCCCCGAAACUUAUUUCCUAGACGAGCUGGCAACAAAACCUCUCGCGAGUAUCUUGCUGCAGUUACCCCCGAGCCAAAGCACGAAUCCGAGCCCAAGACCGAGCUGGAAGCAUGGAAGCGUCGCAUGGCUGCUACACGACGAACGAAUCUACGUGAAGGCCUAGUAGAGCUCCACAAACGGAAAAGGAAAGAAGAUGCAAUAAUUGCGGGGCGAAGUCGAGCAAGAAGUGAAGCCAGAGAAGCCCGACUAUAUGCUCCACAACGAGAAGACGACCGUCUCACCAAUCCCACCAUCACCGCUGCGAACUCGACACUGCAGACUGGACACCUUCCAGAUCCCGAUCGUGCUGCACGAAUUGCUGAGAAGGCUGCACGUGUAGAAGCUAUAGCGACAGAAAAAGAGGAAGCAAGACGGGAUGCUUUGCAUACUCUCUACAUGCAUGCGAGGAGUUUCAUUACCACCGAGGAGCAGCUGGACCAAAGGAUUGAGGCUAUCUUCACCGAUACGCCAUUUGAACACAACAACCGGAAUGACAAUAUUUGGGAAGUGGCUGGCGCGCCACAUACUGUUCAGGAUAUGUUGAGCGAGAUCAACAAGACAGAGAAGUCCGCCGUGCAGUAUCACUCUGGCCCGUCACAAAUUACGGGCAAGCGUAUGAAGAAGAUUGCGGAAGAGUUGACGGGAGGCAAGAUGGAUUAGAUGGUGUAUAUGGCAAAGAUGAGUGUAUAUCAUGUAGACAACAGUGUUAUGGUACACUAAUGUACGAACAUUUGUGGUGGAG